CCACUCUUCCAUUGAUAUUAAUCAACCAUUAAAAUUUACUAUAUAUAGUAUACCAUCAACAGCUGGUAUGAUACCACGUAUUAUUUUAGGUGAAUUAUUAAAUAAUACAAAUACUCAAAAUAUUCAUCAAGUUGAAAUUAUUAAUUUAUCAAGAGAUGUCAAGGAUUUAAAAUCUGAAAAAUAUUUAAAAUUAAAUCCACAAGGAAUUGUACCUACUUUAGUAAUUGAAUAUAUUAAUAAUAAUAAUAAUAAUAUAAAUGAUAAUAAUAAUGAACCUACUAUUAUAGUAAUAUAUGAAACAUUAGCUAUUUGUUACUUUUUAAGUGAAUUAUUUAUAAAUGGAAAAUUAGAACCAAAUAGAAAUAAUUUACAAAAAAGAGCAAAAUUUCAUCAAUGGAUGUCUUUAAUUUGUAAUUCAUUACAAAAUGAUUCAUAUCAUUAUUAUUAUUCACAUCGUUAUGUUAAAUCUAUUGAACAAGAAGAAUUACUUAAAAAGGAAACAGAAGAAAGAAUGUUUGAAAAAUUUAAAAUAUUUGAAAAUGAAUUAAAAGAUGGUAGAGAAUAUAUUUUAGGUAAUAAUGAAUAUAGUAUUAUUGAUAUUUAUUUAUUUGUUGUUGCUACUUGGACUAGAAAUAUGAAUUUAAAGGCUAGAGAUUUACCAUUUUUAGGUAAAUAUUUAGAAAGAAUUUUUAAUAGAAAAAUUGUUAAUGAAAUUGUUAAAUCUGAAAGAGAUUCAGAACCAUAUUAUUAAUUUAAUAAUAAUAAUAAUAAAAAAUAAUUGUUAAUUGUUUAAUAAU